AUGUCCCCCGAUCCAGAAAAGCCAGACUCUACACCUGUGAGAGAAAAAGAAGGAGGAGAGCCAACAAUACAACAACAUCCAUCCUCUCCUCCUGCCGACUCCGAUCCCAAAUCUCUCCCAAAAUCAGCCUCCCAACACCGCCCAGACGAAACCCAACAUGCCGCCCAAGAAGAAGCCUUCACCGACGACGAAGACUCCUCCUCCGUCGAGGAAUGGCCCAAGAUUCCCUUCUCCAAAGCCCGCUGUAUCGCCAUCGUAGCCACCACCACCGGCGCCAGCUUCAUGAAUACCUUCUCCAUCCAAUCCACAGUCAUCAUCCUCCCCGUCAUAGGCCGCGACCUCAACAUCCCCUCCAGCCGCCUGCAAUGGAUCGUGUCGGCCUACGCUCUCGCUUUUGGCUGCUUCCUGCUCCUGUGGGGCCGCAUCGCCGACAUUUACGGGAAGCGCAUCAUUUUUGCUUCGGGGACGGCGUGGGUUGCUGUUAUUAGUGCGAUUAAUCCGUUUUUGAGGAAUGAGAUUGCUUUUUCGCUGUUUCGCGGGCUGCAUGGCUUGGGAGCCGCUGCAAACGUUCCCACGGCCAUUGGCAUCCUCGGAACGUUAUUCCCGCCCGGCAAGGCUAAGAACUACGCCUUUAGCUCAUACGCCGCCGGUGCCCCCCUCGGCGCCGUCUUCGGGAACCUCGUCGCCGGCUUCAUCGCCGAAUACACCACCUGGAAAUGGGUAUUCGCAGUAAUGGCCAUCGUCUCCGGCAUCAUAGCCGUCAUAAGCCUCUUCGUCAUCCCUCCCCCCUCUGCCGCCCAGCCACCUCCGACCAUCACCGACGACAACCCCACCGUCACAGCCACUCCUCCCGUGAAACCCUCCCUCGCCUCCGUGGACUGGAUAGGCGGCGUCCUCAUCACAGUCGGCAUCCUCGUCCUCCUCUUCGCCCUAACGGAAGGCAACGUAGUAGGCUGGUCCACCCCCUGGAUCCCCACCCUCAUCGUCGUCUCCCUCCUCAUCAUCGCCGCCUUCGUAACCUGGCAAUGGUACCUCGAGACACGCACCUCCCGCCCGCCCCUCAUGAAAGUCUCCAUCUUCAAGAACGCACAGUUCUCCGCCGCCCUCGUCAUCAUGGGCCUCUUCUUCUCCUCCUUUAAUAAUUUCCUCAUCUACGCUACUUUUUACUUUCAGGAUUACCAGCAGCUCUCUACGCUGCAGACGACGCUCCGGUUUCUCCCUACAGGGAUCGCGGGUGCUAUCGUCGCCGCCAUCGUCGCGCCGCUGUUGUCGCGCAUCCCGACGCAGUACUUCCUCCUCUUCGGAAACCUCGCCGUCUCCCUCGCCUCCCUCCUCUUCGCCGUCCCCAUCGACCCCAGGACGACAUACUUCGCCUACGGCCUCCCCGCCAUGGUCCUCUCCGUCAUGGGCGCCGACACAACCUGGCCCUCCCUCACCCUCUUCACCUCCCACUGCCUAUCUCCGCAGGACCAGGCCCUCGGCGGCGCCCUCAUCAAUGCCGUCGGCCAGGUCGGUCGCUCCAUCGGCCUCGCCAUCUCCACGACCGUCCAGACAGCCGUCAUGGCCCGCGAGCGAAACGUUCCCGUUCAGAAGGUCGGCGAGGUCAAGCCUUGGGAUGAACCGUCGCUUUUAGGUCUGCGAGCGGCGAACUGGACGACUUUUGCGCUGGGGAUUUGUUCGCUUUUGGUCGUUGCUGCGGCGUUUAGGGGCACGGGCAUCAUCGGAAAGGCGGAUGCGCCCGCGUCGGGGGGCAUGACGAGGAGGAAUAGAAGGGAUGGCGGUGGGGAUGGUACGACGCCAGCACCGGACGAGAGCGCUGCCGCUGCGAAUAGGAAUGGCGAAGGAGGAGAUGUAACGGAAUCGAAGGAGGUCAGAAGGAAUUAA